UCAGUGAAUCUUUUUCUUUUUUCAGUAUCGUUCAAAGCAGUUUUUACAAACCUCGGUGCGAGUGGAAGACUGGGUCCAACUUCUCUAGGUAGUUAUUACAGUGGUCAGGAUCAUGACGGUCAAGUUACAUUGGUCAGCGGUAUUCAACAAUGGACUGUGCCUAAAACAGGUGACUACAGGAUAGAGGCAAUAGGAGCUGCAGGGGGAUAUGGCUUAAGAAGCAACAAUGGCCAGUAUCGCGGUAGAGGUGCCAGAUUGAGAGGAAAUUUUCGUUUAUCCAAAGGAGAAACAAUUCAAAUACUUGUUGGUCAAGAGGGAAGUAUAAACCUUAAUGGUAAUAGCUGUGGUGGUGGUGGAGGUACGUUUGUGGUGAGAGGGAGCAACAUACCUUUGAUAAUAGCUGGAGGAGGAGGAGGCAUGGAAACUGCUCAAUCAAGACAUUCAGGAUGCGAUGCCUCUACAGGGACAACGGGGAAUCCUGGGUACAGGUCAUGGUCAGGAGGGAGCGGUGGACACGGAGCAACGACCGCUGACAAUAACAACUCAGGUGAGCCGAGUGUGUUAAGAUGAGUAUAGUAGGGCCACCACGACAGUAAUCUUUGCUAAAUCUACAUGUAAAAUCUAACUAUAUCCGCCUUCUUCAAUGUGGAGGCAAACUUCACCGACGGAGGUAAAAGUCCCCAACUUUUUGUAUCAACUUCUUUUAGAGUCAUAAGAGAGACGUUAUAUAAAAAACAACAACAACAACAACAGCAACAAACAAACAAGAAUAACUCUAUCUCCCCUUAGGAUUCGAACUAAUGACAUCAAAGACAAUCAAUCAAUUUUUUUUUCAUCAAUUUUCUCAUUGCAAAGUUUGACUUUUUCGUGUCUCUUUUUCGGUUUGAUUAACGAAUACCAUCAAAUCCAUCGUAUGCUGACCAUUUUUUCAUAUCAAUUAAAACUUUGAAAAUAAAGGAACUUCACUCAUUAGCCUUCAUAGCUGCUUAAGACUUUCUUGCCAUGUUUCCUUAAGAUUCCUCAGAAGCAGUUAACAAUCUUCACGUGCUAAUAAAAUACUUGGAUACUUCAAGAGGAACACGAGGUUUAUACUUAGAACUGAAGUAAGGCGAACGCUAUACCUAGCCCUAGUUAGGCCACACUGAGUUUGGGAAAUGCCACCCAAAUUUGGGCCACGCAGUCCCUUGAGCUCAUUGUCAAGCUUGAGGGUAUCCAAAGACGCGCGACUAAGUUUAUCUUAAAACUGCCUUGUUCUUCUAAUAUAAGUUAUAAGGCUCGUUUACAAACUCUAAACCGAAUACCUAUUUGUUACUAGCAUAAACUUUUAGAUCUAACCUUUUUUUUUCAAAUUGACACACGGUCUUGUUAACGUUAACGUGAACCGCCUCCGUCCUACCUGAAGUUCGCACUCUGUAGACGCCCUAGAUCCUCAACCAAUGUUAAUAAAUGCAUAAUUAAGAAAUGUAAAAGUACUGCGUACCAGAAAUCCUUUCUUAUUAGAACUAGUAGAAUUUGGAAUUGUUUAGCGGAUGAACUAUUUGAGCUCAUCGACCUAAAUUUCCUUUAAAUCGGCCAUUUUUAAUUAUUAUAAGUCCGCGUUAGCUGUUUCCUAUGAUUGUGAAGACCCACGUUCGUUCAAGUCUAUCUGUUUAAAAUGUAAUAGUGCUCGUCCCUUGUCUCGUCCAAAACUUGUUGUAUGCAGCUGUAGUUUUUGUUGCAUCGCUGUGCUUUUUAAUGUUUCAUGUUUUUUUAUUAGUAUCCAGGCUCGCUAUAAUUGGCCACAGCUGUUGCGCGGUCUCCCUGCCAACGUUCUUUCUGUUUGUUUAUUUGUUUGUUUGUUUGUUUGUUUGUUUUUUUGGCGAAGCUAAUAAAAUAAGAAGUGUAUGUUAAAGUUAUUUAAAUACCAAUAAUUCAUGAAAUUAAUUUAUAUUUGCUAUAUUGUUCCUCAAGUAAAGGAAAUACAUGUAAAGGCAGAUAUUAUGAGAUAAAUACAUUCAAAGAUAUAGAAAUAAGACUAGGUUUUAAUGACCUGGAUUAACUCUGAUUGAAAUUGGUGGUAUGCAUUUGUAUUUAACAAAUAAAAAGGCAUAUGAUAAAAGUAACGCACAUCGAGGCCUAAAAUAUGGGUCGCUGAAAAGAAUUGUUAAUAUUAGAUUCCCAGUAUUAUAGAUAUCGGACAGGUGAUGUGAUUACUUUUAUCAAUAGAAUCUUAAUUUAUUUGUUAAAUGAAAAAAGCCUCUGCAAGAAAUCCACCAGCACAUGGUAACUGUUGUAAGUGAAGAGUUAUUUAAUGUUAUUGAUAUUUUAGGUGGAGGCGGUGGUGGAUUUUAUUCCAGUGGAAGAAGCUCAAAGCAGUUCGGAGGCUCAAUGGGGUAUGGCGGGGAAGGAGGCAAAGGAUUUCUUCAGGGAGGAGUGGGUGGAAGAGCCAGGGUAAACAAUGCUGUAGGCGGGUUUGGAGGGGGAGGUGGCGCUUAUGGAUCGGGAGGAGGUGCUGGAGGUGGAGGAGGCUACUCUGGGGGAAGUAGCGGGGAUAAUGAGAAUGACUCCUGUGGAGGAGGGGGAGGAUCUUACAAUGCUGGAAAGAAUCAGCAAAAUGAAUGCUGUUAUAAAACAGCUGGACAUGGUCAGGUGACCAUAACAUUGAUAUAG